UGUUUGCCAUGGACCUAAAGUUGCCCCAUGGCAGGAGAUGGCCCCAUAUAGCCAUGCUGAAGUUCCUGCAGCACUUGAUCCCACCAGCCUACUUGCUGCAGCUGUACAUGGACAUUGAACUCCUCCUAGUGUCCUUCUGCAUGGCAGUGGCUGCUCCGGUCUGGCUGCUGUACCCAACCAUACCUAGGAGGCUGGAGACCAGUUUGGACUGGUGGGAUCAGUGGGUCAUGGAGCGGUGGGAUGACCAGCAGUGGCUGCACAACUUUAGAAUGCACAAGGCCACCUUCCUCGAGCUCUGUGCCUGGCUAUCUCCCACCCUCCAGAGACGCGACACCCACCUGCGGCCCACCAUCCCUGUCCAGAAGCACGUCGCUAUUGCCUUCUGGAAGCUGGCCACCCCAGACAGCUAUCCAUCGGUGGACAACCAGUUUGGGAGGGGAAAUCCACUAUCGGAGCCCUGCUUGUGCAAAUCAUCUGGGCCAUCAAUUCACUGCUGCUGUGCAAGACCUGGAGGCAACCAUGGGCAGAUUUGCUGCCCGGGGGUUCCCCAACUGGGUUGGUUCCUGGGAGAUCAUCUGGGCCAUCAAUUCACUGCUGCUGUGCAAGACCUGGAGGCAACCAUGGGCAGAUUUGCUGCCCGGGGGUUCCCCAACUGUGAGGGAGCCAUUAAUGGGAUGCACAUCCCCAUUCAUGCCCCGGAACAUCAACUCUACACUGGCCACCUCAAUCCCAGCAAGGACCCGUUCAAUGCCCACCUGAACCGAGCCCGGAUGCAGGUGGAGUAG